AAAGAUAAGGUCGUUGCCUAUCUUUGCCUCUAUUACUUUUAUUGAUACCUAUACCUGAUACUAGUCAAGGUGGAUUGAUGUCAAUCCACCUUGGUCUAUACCACAGAUUAGAUAAAAUUUAACAACAGUAUGCAGUAUUGCCUACAGUAUGCAGGUAUACUGAUUAUUCUUCAAUAAUUUUUAUUGCGAUUUCAGAUUUGUGAUUUACGUGUGCAACACAGUACACACAACAAUGCCAUCAGCCAUGAAUAUAUUGAUAAAAAAAUUCAUAAAUCAUAAUAUAUAAAAAUACACAGUAUUCAUUAUUAUUAUAGAAUAAAAUAUCAUGGAUUAUGAAACGUUAAAAUUUGCGUAAUAAUUUAUUUUCUAUGUUAAUGACCAUCUAAUAGAUCAAUUAGUUCAGUUAUAGCCGGAACUCGAAGGCUCUGACGUGUACACUAGAUACUUGACUAAAUUACUUAGAAAUCGGGCAGUUUUUUUAAAGACAAAACAUUUUUUACAAUUUACACUACAGUACAGCCCACAAUGUAUGUAGGUAGUGGUGGUUGGUGAAGUAUGUAUUUUGUUUGGCGUUAGCCAUUGCCCAUCAGGUAUUAGAUAACUGUUUUUUAGUCCUCCAACACUCUCACGCUUAAGAGGUUCUCCUAUGUUAAGGCGUGCAAGUGAAAGUGUUUUCAUUUAUGUUAAAUAGACUUAUGUGUAUAUAAUUUUUUUCAAUAUAUUACGUUAAUUUACUCAUAAUGAGUAAUUUCGAAUCUGUAUCUACAGUUUUAAAAACAUAUGAUCAACAGCAUAUCAUUCAAUUUUGGGAUAAACUUGAUGACAAUGAAAGAGAACAAUUAUUGGAAGAUAUUCAGAACGUCAAUAUUCCAGAAGUUGUUGAUAUGUUUAAAAAAACUAUUAAGGACAUAAAUGCUGACAAACAAAAAUUGGAUGAUAAAAUGAAGUCCAUACCUUCUGAGCUUUAUGGUUCGGUAAGUCGUAGUCCUACAGAACUAUUAAAUAGUUACAAAGAAAUAGGACUUCAGAAUAUAUCAAAGGGUAAAGUAGGAGUUUUAUUAAUGGCUGGAGGACAAGGAACACGACUUGGAGUAAGCUAUCCAAAAGGUAUGUAUGACAUUGGUUUACCAUCUCAUAAAUCACUAUAUCGUAUACAAGGAGAACGUAUUCGUCGUCUGAUCAAUCUGGCACAACAAAAGUAUGGCAGUUGUAAAGGAUUGCCUUGGUUUAUAAUGACCAGUGAACACACCAUGGAACCAACUCGUGAGUACUUCGCAAAAUAUAAUCAUUUUGGUUUAAAUGAAAAAGAUAUAAUAUUCUUUGAACAGUAUAUGCUACCUGCUUUCACGUUUGAUGGGAAAAUUAUAAUGGAAAGUACACACAAAAUAUCUAAGUCUCCAGAUGGCAAUGGUGGUAUCUAUAAAGCAUUACGUGAUCGUAAUAUAUUAAAUGAGAUUAAGAAACGAGAUGUUAUGUAUCUACAUGCUCAUAGUGUAGACAAUAUACUUGUUAAAGUAGCUGAUCCAACUUUUAUUGGCUAUUGUAUAUCAAAAAGUGCUGAUUGUGGAGCUAAAGUUGUAAAAAAAGCAUAUCCCUCCGAGCCAUUAGGUGUUAUUUGUGAAGUAGAUGGAAAAUUUCAAGUUGUAGAAUACAGUGAAAUUACUGAAAGCACUUCUGAAAAACAAAAUUCAGAUGGAAGUCUAACUUAUAGUGCUGGUAAUAUUUGUAAUCACUUUUUCACUACUAACUUUUUAAAUGAUGUAAUCAACAAAUAUAGUAACAAAUUAAAAUUACACGUAGCAAAAAAAAAAAUAUUAUGUGUAGAUUCAGAAGGCAAUGACUGUAAACCAGAAAAACCUAAUGGCAUUAAAAUAGAAAAGUUCAUUUUUGAUGUGUUUGAAUUUAGUAAUCGGUUAGCUGUUUGGGAAGUAAAUAGAGAUGAAGAAUUCAGUGCUUUGAAAAAUGGAGACACACCUGGCGGUAAAGAUAACCCUUCAACUUCUAGAUUGGAUGUUUUCAAGCUCCAUAGAAAAUUUAUCGAAAAAGCAGGAGGAAAAUUUAUAAGAGAUAAUAUAGAAUGUGAAAUUUCUCCAUUGUUAUCCUAUGAAGGAGAAGAUUUGGAACGUUUUGUUAAAGGGAAAAUGUAUGACACUGUACUAGAAUUAAAAUCUGAUGAGGAAAUCAGUCUUAACAAUUGUAAUAAAAAUUAGAUGUUUGUGGCGUCAAAGUUUAAUUGAAAAAUUUGUAAUUAUAAAAUGAUACAAUUUUUAUAGAUAAUUCUCAAGAGUAUCAACUAUGAAUGAACUAUGAACUAUAGUUUUCAAAUUUGACAUUAUUGCACUCAGUGUAAUGUACUAUUUAUAAUAAAACAAAGUUUAAAUGUAUAACACAUU